AUGGACAAGGAAACUCAGCCAAGCAGACGGCCCCACGGGUUAGUAUUCAGACACUAUAUGGCCGGGGCCAUAUUGACAGCGGUGUUAGUCUGGGGAAGUGGAUUUCUUCUAUUUGGGCUUUCCCACUUUAACCUCACCUACAAUAUUGCCAACAAGGACCUUUCAAUUUUAAUCAAUUCGCCUCCGUUAUUGAGCCACUACGCUUAUCCUACUAAUCACUCUGGUCUUAUCAAUGGGAAGAUCCCCUUAAACUUCUUCAUCGCUGGAGAAGGCACUUUCUCUCCUGAAUACUUCGAAGUACAGUGGAUAAGAGAACCAGAUUCACUCAAAAACGACAAAGGAACAUAUGUGGUAAGAGAGCACAUUCCCUCUGGAACAGACGAUGAGUAUGAUACUCAGUAUGUGGUGAAGUCUAUAGUGGACCCCGAUUAUGAGUAUGUGCUUUUCAACGGGUCUGCGUUCAAGUUCGCUGGCCUCGAAUAUAACAUAGACAAAUUAUUAGCUUCUCCGGAUUUACAAUUGGCAGUUUUGAGGACAAACUCCACCCACAACUAUAGACAUUCGACUUUUGCCAUUUACUGGAUUUUAGAUAUCCACAAGAACACCAUCGUGCCGCUUUUCAAUCCGGACGAUAAGAUUUCUGUCACCGCAUGGUCUCCAGAUUCAGAGAAAAUCGCCUAUGUGUACGAUAACAACAUCUACAUCAAGUUCAUCACAGGAUCUACUGAACAGAUUACUUUUGACGGAACAGCCGAGGUUUUCAACGGCAGACCAGACUGGGUAUAUGAAGAAGAAGUGUACGCUAGUGAUAUCACUAUGUGGUGGUCACCCAACGGAGAUAAGUUGGGCUACUUACGGAUGGAUAAUAGCGAUACGCCAACGUUUCCUAUUCCUUACUACGUGCAAGAAGGGUAUGAAGACUAUCCGAAGAUGGUGGAAUUGAAGUAUCCUAAACCAGGAUACCCUAAUCCCAAAGUGGAUGUGGGAAUCUACGACUUGAACACCAAUGAUGCCAGGCUUUUGAAGCUUGACACCCCCAAUAUUAAAGACAAGCUUGUUACUCAGGUUACGUGGGUUUCGGCCCAAGACGUAUUAGUGAGAAUCAGCACCAGGUCAAGUGACUUGUUGGAGUUUUACUUGAUCAAUGCAGAUACCUACAAGUAUGACCUUGUCAGAACACACAGUGCCACCCAUGGAUGGUUUGAGGUAACUUUCGACACCUUCUAUGUUCCUAAGAACGAGGCCCUCGAGUUGACUGAAGAUGGAUAUAUCGAUACGGUGGUGGUUGAUGGAUACAACCAUCUUGCGUAUUUCUCCCCACCUUCCAAUUCUGAAGGGAUGCUUUUGACUCAAGGUCAAUGGGAAAUUCAGGAUGGACUGAUCUCGUUUGACUACAGUGACGGUAAUGUGUAUUUCAUCUCCACCAUGAAGUCUCCUGUAGAAAGACAUGUCCAUUCCGUCAACUUAUUAGAGGCCAUUAAGUCGCCCGAUUUACCUAUAAUCAAAAACAUCACCGACACUUCUAAAGAAGGGUUCUUUAGCGGUUCUUUCCUGUCAGGAUCAAGGUACUUGGUGUUGACCUACAGAGGUCCCUCAGUCCCUUACCAGCAGUUGGUGGACUUGAAGACAAACGAGGUGGUGCGGACACUUGAGUCCAACACCAAACUUGCGGAGGCCUUGGAAAAAUAUGCUAUCCCAGAAGUCAAACAUGCGGUGGUGUCGCUUGGGCCGGAUGAGAGUGGGGAUGAGAUCUUUGUGGAUACACUCGAGACAUUCCCAUUGAACUUCAAUCCCAAGAUGAAAUACCCAGUGCUCUUUUAUGUUUAUGGAGGCCCAGGUUCACAGACCGUCACCAAGGCAUUCAGCGUGGGGUUCAGCUCCAUUGCGGCCGCCGAAUUGAAUGCGGUCGUAGUGACAGUAGACGGUAGAGGUACUGGUUUCAACACACACAAUAAGAACGGUGCUGAUUUUAAGUUCAUUGUAAGAGACUUAUUGGGCCAUUAUGAGCCUAUUGACCAGAUAAAGGCUGCGAAAAAAUGGAGCGAAAAGCCAUAUGUGGAUAGUGACCGAAUUGCCAUCUGGGGCUGGUCCUACGGUGGGUUCAUGACGUUGAAGACGUUGGAAACUGAUACGGAACAUGUGUUUAAAUAUGGUUGCUCAGUUGCACCCGUCACUGACUGGAAGCUCUACGACUCGGUAUACACCGAGCGAUACAUGAGAACACCCCAAGAAAACCCUGAGGGGUAUGUGGUGGGGUCUAUCAACAAUGUGACAAACUUCCACAACGUGACUCGGUUUUUGAUGAUGCAUGGAUCUGGAGACGAUAACGUUCACUUUCAGCACUCGUUGAAAUUAUUAGACAAGCUCAACUUGGAGUCUGUGGAGAACUUUGACUUCAUGGUAUUCCCAGACUCGGAUCAUAGUAUCAGCUACCACAAUGGCAACCAUGUAAUCUACCACCGGCUUUUGAAGUGGUUGAAAAAGGCUUUUAACAACCAGUAUGUGGGGGCGGGCCAUUAA